AUGGAGACUUGUGUACUUAUGGGAUAUGCUGCUGUAAAUUCAAUUAACAAUGGAAGAUUUGACUGUCGUGCUCUGCCUAUGCAUAAUAUUCGGAGAGAGGGAGUCCUCUUGAAGUUCUCAAUUGACAAUCCAGCAGACAACCCAACAGAAGGAAAAUGGAUGAUCAAUUGUCGAAUCAAAAUCAGUUGCCCUUCGACUCGAGUGAUGGCAAUCAUUGAAACAGUGACUAUCGACAACACAGGAAAACUGUGGAUCACAGCAAGAUUCUCUCAGUCUGUCCCGAAUAGCAACAAGUUUGACAGAGGAGUUCAUAUUGUAUCUCAACAGGAAUCAUUUGAACACCAGGUCUUAUCAACAGGAUUCUACAAUAAGACAAAAACAAAUGACAAUGGGCGACGAAUUCUCGAAGCUCUCUAUGGAGGAAGAGCAAUAACUCAUAAUUACCCGACUCGUACGAGAGCUUACAAUUUCCCAUCGGAAGUUCCAAUUGCACUCAACCAAUAUCAAUGUGAUUACGUGAACAUGAUAACUGGAAAUAUUCCAAUCGUCGUGGGAUGUUCUCCGUUUGGAUGUGGAAAAUCAAUGACUAUUGUGGCGGCUGCGCUGGAAAUUCAUAAGAAGAUGGCCGAAGAGAGUGUGCUUCGAAAAUACAUGAAACAGGUGAUGUUGACACAAAGCAAUUACGCAAGUGUCAAUUUGGUGGACAUUGCUAAAAGGAUUCGACCUGAAAUCCUUUCUUAUUUUAAAUUCGUUCGAUAUAUUUCUGAGAAGAACUGGAAGGAACUAUCAGAGGAUUGCAAAACGGAAUAUGAUCUACCAACACUUAUGGCACUGGAGUUCAAAGCAUGGGCUUUGGGAGAGAAGACUUCAAAAAAACUGGAUUAUCCUCAAAAGCUGAAUAUGAUCAACUUCUUAUUGAAUGAAAAACUGUUGUAUCCUGAAAACUUCAAAGGAGAGGCAUUUUUAACAUUUGAAAACGGAUGUAAACGAUCAGAGCCAUGGCCUAGUUAUCUUCUCAAAGCUUUUUUCAAUCUUUAUGAGCCUGAUCUUAUCAUCACAACUACAGACUCCCUUCAAUCUCUUCUCAAAUCUGCAGUCUUGCUACCACAUUCCGUGGGAGCAAUCCAGAUCGAUGAGGCUAGCCAAGUUCCCGAGUACGCGUUUAUCAGUCUUCUUACCACUUUCCCGAAUGCUUGCUACGGAUUGAUCGGAGACAUACAACAACUUCCACCGUACUGUGAUACUAAUCUGAGUGGGAAGCUGAAAGACUACGGUAUCGGUAACACCAUGGAGAGGGCAGUCGCCGGCAAACUAUUCCCUCAAGCGAUGCUUCGUGAGGUCUACAGAUGUAAUCCUAGAGUGACCAACCUUCUCAGCGACCUGUUUUAUGAGGGAAGAUUGAUUCCUGGAGUGACUGAAAACCAAAGAAAUGAAUUCAUAAGAAAGAGACCAGAUUUCUGGCCGGCUACUCAAUUCCCAGUGAUGAUUGUGAACAACGAAGAUAGAGGAUCCAGAGUGGGAACCUCAUAUCAAAACAACUCGGAAGAGGAAACCGUGAAAACUCUUUUGAAUCGUCUUACAAAGAAAUACAAUGGAUAUAAACUCCAGCCAUCGGACAUCGGUGUUAUUUCCUUCUACGCUGCUCAAACUUCACUUCUUAUUGGCAGUCUACGUGACAGAGGAGUCAAAUGUGGUACUGUAGAUGCAUUCCAGGGAAGUGAGAGAGAAGUUAUCAUUCUUUGCUGCACCAACGAGAGGAUAAGUCAGUUCAUGCAAAUGAGCAAACGGAUUAAUGUUGCCAUGUCGAGAGCGAGACAAGCGACAAUUAUCAUCGGGAAUGUGAAUGGUUUGAAAGUGGCAGGAUAUUGGAGAGAUAUUGUCCGGGAGGCAGAAAGACACUAUUGUAUAAUUCAAGCGGAGUCCCUCGGUGAUAUUCGAAUUCAGCCUUAUCGUGCUGCCCAAAGACAAAACACUGAAGAGUAUCACAACAACCGCACCCAAGUUCCCAGAGUAAGCAACCAAUCAUUAAUUUCAAAUCAAAUGGGUGUGUUGAGCAUCUCGUCUCCAAAUCCCGAACUUUCUACACUCCUAUCUGCCGAGGUGAUGGUCCUGAAAAAAGAAUUGGAAGAUGCAAGAAAAACUGCAGAUCUGUUGAAAAAUGAGCUGAAAAAAGUGCAAGAAAAGUUCCAAGAGAAGGAAUGGAAUCUUUGUGAAAUUUGUGUCAGUCCUUACCAACAAGGUGUUGCCGACAAGACACCAAAGUUUUUAGUCUGUGGUCACACCUUCUGCCAGGGAUGCAUAAUUUGUAUGACAAGAUCUAAUACAAUUGAUUGUCCGACUUGUCGAUUUGCAUCCCAAGGACCAGCAGAACAACUGAAAACCAACUUUGCUAUUUAUAAGCAUCUUUGA